AGAUCUACAAUCAUUUUUCCAGAAUUAUUAAUUUUAGUAACAUAUAAGGAUAUUUAAGAACUAGUAUAAAUAUUUAAUAGUAAUAAAAAGUACAAUUUACAUUGCAACAUAUAGUUUGUGUUAAAUUCUUUAUUGUCACUGGGAGAUUUUCUUGUUAGGCCUACUAAGCCUGGGCCACACAAAAAUGCACGUGCAUCACUGUGACAGCCUGUCACGACAUUGCAUGUGCACCACUAGAAUAUGCAACAUUAUUCAUUGACUGUUCAACAACAGUUGUUGUAACAUCUUCAACAACUUGUGAAGUGAGAUUUGCACCCUUGACCAGGUUGAACUUCCAGUUUCUUCAAGUUGAGUAAUAAUUUUUUCCAUAACUUGUGGAAUCAAUGGCUUUUGUUGAUAACUGUAAAUUGCUUUUUAUAUAUCAAAUUUGGACUUUGUUAUUAUCAAGCAAAAAUUUUUAGCCAUAAUGCACUGGAAGUUUUGGUACAUCAAAAUCAUCAGUGAAUAGACUGUUAUAACCUGAAUUAUUAACUUUUACUUACCUAUAAACUUAUAAAAAUACCAUAAAAAAACUAAAAUUUUCCUAACUUUACAUAGCUCUCUUGGAGGGAAUUUCCUUUAUAAUACAAAACUGUAUAUACUGUGUAAAUACUGUUGUUUGACUUUCAGCUAUACCUAAAUGACUACAUAAGUCCAGAGACUGCCUAUACUUAAUAAAUAAUGUCAACCUUACAUUUAAAAUUAAUUAGAUUAUUACUAUUUUAGAAAACCACAGGAAAUGUUUCAGAAGCAUGUCAGUUUAACAAUGAAAGAAAUUGAUGAAGGUUCAGAGUGUAAAGAGUUUUGGCAAGCAUUAGGAGGUUGGAAUCGUCAUAUGUAUCUCUCGUUAUUGGACAGUACACUAUCUUAUGACUUUUCUCCACGCUUAUUCUACUUGAAUAGUAUCUCUGGAAAUUUUGCUUAUGUUGAAAUAGUAUGUCCUCAUUAUAGUAAAAAACAUUCCUGUCCUUAUCCUUUUCUUCAGUCAGAUUUAUACAAAGCACAACAACCUGCUCUGUUUUUAUUAGAUAACGAGUCUGCAGUUUACUUGUGGCAAGGCUGGUUGCCAGAAGGGACAGAAGAUACGGAAAACGUUUCUACUGGUUCUGCAAUAGUAAGAUGGAAUAAUGAUCGUCGCUGUGCCAUGGAAACCGCUUUGCAUUAUUGUCAAAAUAAAUGUCAUGAUAAUCCUCCUAAAGCAUAUCUGAUUUCAGCUGGUCUAGAGCCUGCAGUGUUUACUAAUCUCUUUCCACAGUGGCAACAAAGGGAUGAUGUUGCCAUUUCAAAUAUAAAAGAUGGUAAAAAACCAGGAGAAAUGCUCUUUGUACAAGAAGUAUUAGCACAAUUAACAAGGAUGCAUUAUCCUUUAUCGGAAUUACAACAGUUACCUUUACCCGAAGGUGUAAACCCAUCACGAUUGGAAUCUUAUCUUACCGAUCAAGAUUUUGAGGAGGUUUUUAGAGUGAGUAAAGAUGAAUUUUAUAAUCUUCCCACCUGGAAACAAUGUAAUAUGAAGAAAUCAGUAAAAUUAUUUUAAAGUUUGUGAUUCACGUUAUUUUUAUCGUCGGUGUUUUGAAGAGUUAUCCUCCAUUUUUCAUUACUUCAACAGACGAAUUUGUACAUAAACAUCAGAAAAAAGGGUGUAUUACUUAAUUUGAUUAUUUUUAAUUAUAAUUAUUAUUACUAUCAUCAAAUUUAUAUAAAUUUCACACUUGGCUUUUCCAGUAAUAUAUGUGCAAUAUUGUUACUAAUGGUAAUUCCUCUGUUUUACUUAAUAGUAACACGACAAUCAAUUUAGCAUUCGGGAUAAUUGAAAAUUUUUUUGCCAAUUUUUGGGGUGAUAAUUAAUAUUUCUCAGAGCUUUUGUACAUAACAUAAAAUAAUGCAGAGUAUAUUUAGUAUUUAUUUUUCAUUAUGGAUGUAUAGUGGUUUAUGGUUUAUGUGAUGUCUUAAUACAGUUUAGAGAAACAACAUAUAUUCCCUUAUGUUUCAUAAAAUUUGUAUGAAACCUAAUGUUCCUAAUUUAUAACUGCAAUAGUGAAAUGAUUGUUGUGUAAAAAUCCUUGCUUUAUAAUUUUUUUUAGAAAUAUUUAUGCUUACAAUAGGUAUUUAUAUAAGAAUUUUUGGUUAUAUUUAUAAAUAUAUGCAUUUUGUACUGUUUCUACAACUUGACUUAUCUAUAUUAUGCAUGAAAAUCCCUUCAAAAUUUUUCGACGAGACGAGGACGUAGUCAAACCUAUAUGUUAAAGAGGAUUAUUUUUUGAUUUUUGUGGUGCUCGAGUGCCUUACUAGAGAUAAUCAACAGUUUGCCUUUUUCUGUAUUUCUUGUGCCUCUACCAAAUGUGUAUAAUCAAAUGCAGUGAUAAAUUGUGCCUUUAUUAGGCAGGCAAUUAUUUUGCUCAGUGGGGGAGUGCAUUUCCACAAUUUUGUGGCUUAAUUUUAUUAAAACAUUAUUUGUAUCAAAUGACAAUUGUAAAAGGUUAUUAAUAUUAGUCAAAAAUUUCUUUCACUUGCAAUUGGAAUGAAAAAUUUAUUGCUAAAAAUUUGAAAUUAUAAUUUUAUAAAAAUGAUGAAUAUUGUAUAAAUUAGACUAAAAUGUAGCAAAAUCUUUUAAAUCUUGGCAUAUCAUGCCCAAAAGAAUAUAUAUAUAUGCAAAUUGGUAAAAAGUUAUCUUGUAAUUGGGCAUUAAAACAUAUAGAUUAUACUGUUUCCUAUGUAUAUAUUUCUAAUUUCAUACUUUCAUCAUCAAUUCCUUUGUGUAAUGUGUGUUUGGUAGAUGUAUAUUGCUGUGUGUAGCAAUCUAGUUGAAGCCAAAUGUAAAUACUAAUAAUUUUUCAAUAUAAUAAAGAAAAGCUUUUCAGAUUGGCAUUUGUGUUUUAUUUAAGUUAAAUCAUUCUA